GUUGAGUGUUGAAGUGUAAAAUUGCCUUGAAGUGUGAACGAGUGUGCCGCAGGUGGCUGUUCUAUUUAAUUUAUAGAAAAGUUUAUUAAAUUUAAUCGAUAUAAUAUAUGUAUAUACAUACAUACAUCUAUUCAUAUUGAGCUUUUACACGCUUUUGCAGAUAACUAUUGGAAUGCUACGCGGAUGUCUUAAAAUAUUUAUUCGAACACUUUAGAAUGUUUCACCAACGAACGCAGAAGAAAAACUUGCUACUGCAACUCUUGCUAUGCUUACUAUACGCUGACUUUGUAUACACCAAUUUCCCUACAACAAAACAGUCGUUACUAAUGAAGUUGAAGCCGAAGCCAAAUGGGCCCGAAAAUGCCUUCAAAAGCUGCUAUCAAAAUAAAUGCCAGUGCAAAAAGGAAGUAAUCAAUUGCUACUUGAGUGAUCGCAAUGGUGCUGUGACACUUACUAUUUCUUGGGACGUGGGAAAAGACAAGAUUACGCUGAACUGUGAAGGAGCGACCGAAAAUAUUGAUUCGUUGCUGAGUCCAGUGACGCAUGAAUUUGAAUAUGCCGAUACCUACUACGAGCUGACUGACUGUCAACAAUUGCCGGCCAUGUUGCGACGUCCGAAUAUCACUUACGUGGGUCAUGUGUCAUUUACGGUUGAUGUAACGGUACCUGAGCAACUAUUUUCGCAUACAAACGGUUUGUUGCGGUUAGUGUUUAAUGUAACAACGUCGAAUAGGGAGCUUGGAGUGCCAACGCAACUUUUUCAACCACUAACGGAACUGAGAGAAUUGCAACUGAUCGUUGUAAGUGACGCGCCGGUGGUUUCCUUACCACUCGAACUCAUUCAUAGUCUAAAAACUAUAAAAAUACUCUCGCUUUAUGUGUAUCACUCUACAACGGGUUACUACGAACGGCUGAAUUCGCAACACACCUCGUUACGAAAUUUAACGAGCGCACAUUUUCGUGAGUGUCAAGGGUUGAGGAGUCUUCUGCUGGAUGCAAAUCAACUCGGUAUGCUUAAUCCAACAGUUUUCAACACUUUACAUGAAUUGAACCAUUUGAGUUUGAGUCUGAACGGGCUGCAAAUUUUACCCGAAGAUUUGUUCGUUGCGCAACACAAACUGGUCAUACUCGACUUGAGUAUGAAUGCUUUAACCUCACUACCCUCGCGUUUAUUCGAGCACACACAGUUGUUGUGGAAGUUACAGUUAUCCAAUAAUCGUUUCCACACACCUACAAAUAUCAUUGCCGCGGUACGCUCGCUGCACUAUCUUCACCAACUCGAUUUGGAAACGAAUGCAUUCACGAGUAUUUGUGGUACGGGCAUAUACAGCAAUCGUACGCUGUUAACACGUAGGGAUAUAAGAGAUCCAGCAACAGUCCCCGCGUUCGCUGACUAUGUGACAAUUGAGCAAGGUACACACAAUGAACGUAAACUUAAUAUUACCGUUAUUAACCUAAGUAGAAAUCGCAUAACGCACUUCAACUUGGACUGGAUUAGCGGAGUUGAUGGUUUAGCGUGCCCUUAUGAGGUGGAUCUAUCACACAAUAACAUACAAAAUAUUUACGCUGCUAGGCGGCCAUCAAGCGCUACAGGCAAGUGUGAGCAUACACUGAAAUUGAGUCAUAAUCGUUUGCAUUGCGAUUGCAAAUUGGCUUGGUUGUAUAGCAGCGAUUUUCUGAGCAAAGAUGUUGACUGGAGUUGUGCCACGCCGGCGCCUUUAGCGCGUAAGUCACUCAGACAGCUGCAACGCAAUCAGAUCUGCGCUUGGGCGCCAUCCUUUUGUCCGGCAGCCUGCGAGUGCAGCUAUGAUACACCAGCGCUUGUGGUGAAUUGCACCAACGCGCGUCUUGAAAGCAUUACGCAACUGCCACAUCCCGCGCAAUUUUCGCUCAACAGCAGCGCACUUUACAUUGAACACAAUAACUUUUACGAACUACCCACGAAUAUUACCUUGGGUUAUCCGGAAGUGACACACAUCUAUGCCGCGCACAAUCGGCUAGUCGCUUUGCAGCCAACGCAUUUGCCCCGAAAUGUGACCCUGUUGGAUGUGCGCGACAAUCAGCUUGAGCGUUUGAGUGUCGGUUUUCUGCGCGCAUACCUAAAUGAGAGCGCAACAUUGCAAGCAUUAUACCUUGGCGACAAUCCGUGGUUGUGCGAUUGCGACUCAGAGGAGCUUUUGCGUACCGUGCGCUUGCAACGUGCGCGCAUUCCCGAUGCCGACAGAUUAAUGUGCGCAAAUUUCGCUAAUGUGACGCUACUGGACGCACGCUUUGAGGAGAUUUGUAAGACACCCUUCCUGUAUACCAGUCUGGUUGCGCCACUUGUCGGCAUGUUUAGCACAUCCGUGGUUAUACUGUCGCUUGUGGCGCUCUUCUAUAAAUACAAGUUAUCGGUGAAAAUUUGGUUAUUCGCUCACAAUAUGUUUCUGUGUUGCAUUAAAGAGUACGAGUUGGAUAAGCAUAAAACAUUCGACGCUUUUAUCUCAUAUGCACAUCAAGACCAAGAAUUUGUCAACACCGUAUUGUUACCGGGUUUGGAGCAGGGACGCACUCGCUUUCGCAUUUGCACACAUGAACGCAAUUGGCUGGCCGGCGUCUAUAUACCCGAGCAAAUAAUGGAAUCGGUUGAACAAUCGUGUCGCACGAUUAUUGUGCUCUCGCAACACUUCAUCGAAUCGGAUUGGGGGCGCAUGGAGUUUCGUACCGCGCAUCAGUGCGCUUUGAAUGAGGGACGUGCGCGCAUCAUUAUCAUAAAGUAUGGUGAGCUUACGGAUACGACGCGUCUGGAUAAUGAAUUGUUGGCCUACAUGAAGUUGAAUACCUAUCUAGAAUGGGGUGACACGAGAUUUUGGCCCAAACUACGCUACGCUCUGCCGCAUAAAUUUGGUGUGGUUAGGAAAUCAGGCAUGCUAGAUGUGAGCAGAAAAAUCUAUGUGCAGAAAGAUCUAGAGUUAAGUGAAUUGCACAUGUAGUUAUGUUCAAUAAAA